AUGACGACACCGGCGCCAUUCAAGUCCUCUUUCCCGUGGCUGCCGGCGAUCCCAUACCCGCCGCCCAGAGAAGACGGUUACUGGGCGCCUAUCACUUCGACUUUAGAUUGGUGCGAGGAGAAUUAUUAUGCCACGCACUACUCUGCCGAGAUUGUCAACACCUUGACCAAUCUCCUGGUCGUAUAUCUCUCAUGCAAGGGAAUGUACAAUUGUUACAAAUAUGGACAUGAACUGAUAUUCUUGGUCACGUUUGCUGGGUUCCUGGUCGUUGGAUCGGGCAGCUUUGCUUUUCAUGCGACUUUGAAGUACCCUAUGCAGCUCGUUGAUGAACUCUCCAUGAUCUACACAACCUGUCUCAUGCUUUGGGCCACUUUUGAACAUGGCCGCUCCCGUCUUUUCGGUGUCCUUUGGGGACUGUUCGUCGCCAGCCUCGCCAUUUCCAUCACGCUGUACUAUCACUAUCUCCAGGACCCGACUUUCCACCAAAAUGCUUAUGCUCUUCUGACGGCCAUUGUCCUGAUUCGAGCCAUGGUGAUGCAGGAGCUCUAUCUACGACCAUACUUCCAACCUCGUCGCGAGAAACGCGACAAAGAGAUUCUGAUACGCAUGUGGGUCUUGGUGGCGUGGGGACUGACAGUCUUUCUCGGCGGGUUCGCCAUCUGGAAUCUCGACAACAUCUAUUGCUCGAAGCUGAGACGGUGGCGUUACGACAUUGGCCUACCGUGGGGCCUCGUUCUGGAAGGACACGGUUGGUGGCACAUUGGAACGGGAUUGGGAGCCUAUUCAUACAUCGUCUGGGGAAUCUGGCUUCGUCAUUGCCUCAAUGGAAAGCAGGACGAGUAUGAAUUGAUCUGGCCGAGUAUCUUCACCUCGGUACCGCGACUGGUGCGGGUUGAAAAGGUCAAGACUAGAUAA